UCUCGGCCUGGCGAAGCAUCUACACAAGGGCCUCGGUCGGGGGAAUCUGUUGUAGAGUGGAGUUGUGUGACAGUAGUUUUGUACCGAGCACCGUCGUAUCGCAAGAUCGUAAAGAAGAUAAGGGAUGUCGGGAACAUUUUUGGCACAGAGGGUUGGAAAAACCACUGCAUUUAUUACACAGCAGAGCUGGCGGUUGCAGAACACAUCAGUGGUAUCUCAACUAUGUCAGCGCAGCUUCCUACCAUUCUCAUAUCCAUGUCUGUCAUUGCUGGUGCAGCAGUCUGCCCAGUACACCACCGCCCCACCCAAACCACAGCUGCAGCUGCCGAGGCUGCCCCUGCCUUCCCUUGAGUCAACCCUCACAAAAUAUAUGAGAUCUCUACGGCCGCUAAUGAAUCCGGAUGAGCUUGUCUCCACUGAGCAGAUGGUCAAAGAGUUCCUGAAGCCGGAGAGUACGGGGCAGAAGCUGCAGAAGUUUCUGGAGGAGAAAUGCAACAGUUCAGAUAACUGGCUGGCUGACUGGUGGCUGAACACCGCCUAUCUGGAGUACCGCUCGCCCGUGGUGGUCUGGUCGUCGCCGGGCCUGGUCAUGCCGCUCCAGCAGUGGGACACGCAGCAACAGCAGCUCAAGUACGCCGCUCGGCUCAUCUCCGACGCCAUGGGCUUCAAGAAGCUGCUCGACGAGGGCCGGCUGCCACAGGAGUACGCCGGCCCGGACCCGCUCGACAUGCGCCAGUACCAGGACGUGCUGGGCACGUGCCGCAUCCCCGGCGUCAGCCACGACACGCUUCAGUUCCACCCGAGCUCCGAGCACGUGCUGGUGGCGCACCGCGGCCACUUUUUCACCCUGAAGACGUACGGCCGCCACAAGAAGCUGCUGAGCGAGCCGCAGAUCUAUGAGCAGCUGUGCAAGAUCGUGGAGGCGUCGCAGAAGGAGGCCGCGCCGGUCGGCAUUCUCACCACCGAGAACAGGAACGUCUGGGGCAAGGCGUACAACAAGCUGCGCAAAGACAAGCAGAACCGCCGCUCGCUGGACGCCAUCCACUCGGCGCUGUUCGUGGUGUGCCUGGACGGCCCGGGCGCGCCGCUCGAGCUGAACCAGCAGACGGCCGCGGCGCUGCAGUGCGUGCACGGCGGCGGCGCCGCCUACAACUCGGCCAACCGCUGGUUCGACAAGUGCAUCCAGUUCGUGGUCGGCUGCGAGGGCAACGUGGGCAUCACGUACGAGCACUCGCCCGCCGAGGGUGUGCCGGUGGCGCGCAUGAUGGACUACCUGGUGCAGCACCGGACCGACGACGGCGGCCGGCUGCCGGCGCUGGACCCGGCCGAGCCCGAGCGGCUCGCCUUCCGGCUGGACGACGAGCUGCGCCACGAGCUGGCCCGCGCCCAGGAGGAUCUUGACAUGAUGGUGCAGGACCUGGACAUGGCCUGCUUCACGUACCCGGGCUACGGCAAGAAGUUCAUCAAGUCGCAGCGGAUGAGUCCUGACAGCUACAUUCAGAUGGCCAUCCAGCUCGCCUAUUACAGGAUCCACGGGGAGCCGGCCGCCACCUACGAGUCUGCCGCCACGCGCAAGUUCUCGCGGGGUCGCACCGAGACGAUCCGCUCGUGUUCGGCCGAGUCGCUCGCCUUCUGCCGCGCCAUGCUCGACUCCGUGCCCGACGCGCACAAGGUGGAGGCCCUCCGGAACGCCAUCAACGCCCACAAGGAGUAUGCCAAGGAGGCGGUGAACGGUCACGGCUGCGACCGGCACAUGCUGGGGCUGAAGCUGGCGGCCAUCGAGACCGGCGCCGACGUCCCCGACCUGUUCAUGGACAACUCCUGGGCCAGGAGCACGCACAUGAAGCUCUCCACCAGCCAGGUGCCGGUGGUGGCCGACGCGUUCAUGUGUUACGGCCCGCUCGUUCCCGACGGCUACGGCUGCUGCUACAACCCGCGCGACACGCAGAUCAACUUCGGCACGUCGGCCUGCAACUCGAGCCCGGCCACGGUGGCCGCCGACUUCAAGACGGCGCUGGAGAACACGCUCAACGACAUGUUCAACCUGCUGCAGCGCAACAGCGGCUGAGAAGCGUCACUGGGCCGCGGCGGCGUGCGCGCUGCAGGGCAGAGAGCAGCGCUCGCCGCCCUGCGGCCGGGGAAGAGCCGUCACCCGGCGAGAGCGGCCAGAGGACUCAGUCGUAGGCGGACACGUACGAUUGUUCGGCUGGCUUCCAGUGUGAGCUCAGCUCGAGGCGAAACUUUUGUGUCCGCGAGUUGUUUGUCGGUGCAAGCAGCCCCUGACUUGCAUUUUCCCCUGUCGCGCCAAAGAUAAUGAAAGAAGAAGGUCCCCUCGCAAGAAAGCACUGGGCCUUUGUCAAAAUUGCACCAUAUUUCGUGUCUUAACAGAGGUCCGUGUCCAGUAUGUGUUGUUAGUGCCAGUUUAACAUGCACGAACCACCUGCACUUAAGACACUUGAGAAGGCGUUCUGAAGAAACUUAGGAAACAUGUUGAUUCUGGACGAUAAGCUCUGUAUGAAACGGAUGUGUAUUGGUCACAUUUGCAUUUGACACAUUUACCAUUUCUACCAGGCGACGGAGAUGGCGUGGGAUAGUCACUGCGCUGUACUGAGCCUUCCGUACGUCGCACCGAUCGCACUGAUUUCUGUGUAGUGAAGCGUGUGACGCCGUGGCGCCCAUGCGUAGCAGAUCUGGCGGUGGUGGCGGACUUCGUGGACAGUUUGGAGCUCCCAUUAAUGGUGUCUUCCUUCACAUAGUCUACAAUCCCAAUGUUAAGACAGCUGGUCGCGCUUUGUUGGACGCUUUGGGUUGCACUGGGCGCCCCGGUACCUUUGAAUGAUGAACAUUGGGGCAUAGUUGCGUCGCGCGAUUUUACAAGAGCGCGUUUGCCCGAUGUUACACUACAAAUCGCGUUCUUGGAGUUUGGGCUGUGACAGUCGAGCUUUCACAGCUGGCACCCACCAGACCGGCAUCGAAUGUUCGGAUAAGCUGGAUCCUGUACAACUGUUGUGCGACUUUCUGCGCUAAAGGCUUACCGCCUGCAAGAAGCCUCACGAGCCGCGCGGCUGGAGGUCAUUGCUAACGCGCGCGUGUGUAUGAUAGUGACUCGUGGAGUGACCUUUAACGACCCCGGGAGCGUGGCGCCGUGACCACACAGCGCGUCGCGGAGACCGCUGGACGGGCGCAGCGGGGGUCGCGCAAAUGGAGGAGCGGCGCUCUUCGCCGCCGUGGCCCGUGCAUUUAAUGCAACGUUUCCCUGCCGGUCGGUGGCGGCCGUUUCCAGUAAUCAAUGCAAUUUGGGGGGCGGUGUCGCGAAGGCGGGUCCGUCCUGCCGAGUGCAGUGUGCUGUACCCUGUAAAAUCCCAGCCCACUGUCGUGUACGACCUGAGUGAAGCAUAAAUACAUGAUGGGACGGCAUUGAAUGCCAUACACGCUGACACGGUGGUGACCCGUUACCAUGUUAAGACGACCGGUAAGUGGACGCCCAGAUAGCCAGUCUUGAAAGUGAACUGGCGAGAGCCCUUGAUCAACAGGGCCUGGGCAUUGGUCCAUUGGUUACCGUGAUAAUCUUCUGAAUUGAAAUAUUCGACAUACGUGUGGUCCAUGAUACCGUGAAAUGUCGACUGACAGUUGUAACAAUAUCUCUUUGGACGACCAGAUUUGGUUGCAAGGCAUUCACAUUUUACUACAGUUUAGACCAUACCACGAUGUUUUUGCGGCAUGCGAGACAGUGACACUUCUCAGGCAGGGGUAGGCAGACUAACGUGCCCUGCAACUGAAUGCACUGAAACAGUAAAACUACUUGGCUGACGUCCCUAUUUCUAGAAAAUACGACAGCGACCUUCCUCCUACCACGCUCUUGCCUAACGUUAGCAAAUGUAAUGUUCUGCAUUUCCCAAGUACGGACCGAAAUCGCUGGCGGACCAAAAAGCAGCGGCAGCGGGGUCAAGCUCCCUCCUAAACCGGUGAAAAUGUGGAGGAUUCUGCUUUCAGGCUUUUUAUCAGCUGACGCCAUACCCCCCCCCCCUUCCCCCCAAUGAG